AUGGAAGAACAAGGGCAAGAAACAAUAAGAAAUGAGCUGAAAUUUUUAUUAGACUGGCUGGAGCCCAAAAUACCAGAACACAGGGUGCAAAAACAAGAUCCUAUUUCUCGUGAAUCUCCCAUGGUCAUGGGUGAAGCAAAUAAAUCCUAUGAGGCACCAUACAACAUUACUGACUUGAAACAAGACGUAAUUAAGUUGUCGGACUCAAUGCAGGAAGAGUCUUCUUUGACUAUAAACCAUUUCAAUGAAGCGAAUAACUUACAAGCAUUUAUGAGGAAAAUGGAGAAUGAAUUGGAUCACUUAACAGACCAGCUCAAAGUUUUAGAAGAAAGGAUAGAAGCUUUCGAACAGUUGAACUGGUCAGAAUUACUGAACAACUUUCGUAUAAAAGUUCAAGAGCAGACGGUAAAACUAUGCAUGUCGUACAUUGUCAGAGAAUUGGACAAGGAUAUUUUUGAAGCAUAG